UUGUGUUGGUUAGCCAUGCGCGCUAUCCAUUCUUGGUCAGGUUCGCGGGCUGAUUUUCCAUCGAAAGACGAUCUCCUCGAACAUGUAUUUUGUGAUCGGCGUACUCAGUAGACAAGUGUAACAAUGAAUCUGGUUCACUUAAUUGUGGUGAUUGCGAUUAUUGAAAUCACGGUCGUUAAGUGUGAUGUUUUGGAUCAGGAAAGUACCGGUGUUCGAAGCGGCGACCUUGAGGAAAGGGAUGUCAGUGUCAGUGGGGAAGAACAAGAGUUCCGGAAGAAGAAAGAAAAGCAAGACAUGAUGUCAAAAAUCCUCCCUAUGAUGGUGAUGCCGUUCAUGGUCUCCACAUCGAUGAUACCGAUGAUGUUGAUGAGCUUGAAGUUUAUGUUAAUGAAAAGCGCUUUGAUGGGUGGAAUCGCCAUGAUUUUAUUGCUUAUUAACAUGUUCCGGGGGAGAAGUGAUCAAGGGGGAGUUUACUCACACAACUUUCAUCAGCAUCGAGAUCUCGCCAUGGCUCACUAUGGUUACGGCGGCGACGAAGAGUAUGGAGCUUAUAUUAACAGGAGAAGUUUUAGGUGACUGUGAUGUGUACUCUUUGUUUGGACUAAAUUGUAUGACUGUACGGAUAAUUAAAUUAUUUGUGUAGAUAUAAGUGAGGAUGAAUAAAGAAAGUAUUUGUUUUUAUUA